AUGUCUUUAAUUUCUGCUGUGGAGGAAAGAGAUAUACCCAAUAUAGGCAAGUCCUUGUCCGGUGGGAGGAGCAGGACUUCGUCAAUAACCUCGUCGAAAAAAUCGCUAAAACACGGUUCAAGAUCUCAAAAAAAACCAAGAGUAUACCAGACAACGGGCGAACCACUCAGUAGAGAGGCGUUGUACAAGGCCAAACUGAAAUACGGAGUUUUUCAGUCACCUGCCCAAAGCUACUCAAUAGGUGUAAGCGACGCUCAUGCGGCUUCAGAUAAAGCUGCUAACCUAGCGCAUGACAAUCAAACCACCGUGGAAGCUUACAAACGGAUGUUUAUUGACCCCAAUGCCACUAAGGCCGCAUCUAAAGUGGGGUCCAAGGUUACUCGUAAAAACUCGAUCACUUCCGCUACUUCCGCUACUUCAAAGGAAUCUCAGAUGAAAAGAAGAGCAAAAGAAUCCUCGGGGGCCGCUGCAUCGAAAGCUUAUUCGAUGACGAUGGAAACGGCGAGCAUCAGUUCGCAAACUAAUAGUAAGUCCUAUUCUAUCACCUCUGCCAGCUCCGUGUUAAGCAGUGCCAGUAAUAGUUUGAGCAAUGCCGUCAAUCCUAGGCCUAAAACUUUGAAUUUGGAGAAAGUCUUGAUGGGUGCUGAAAAAAUGGCGGAAUCCCGUAUUAAGGAAAGAUGGGAGCCUGAAAAGGCCAACUUCCAGUAUGGUAUCAAGACUGAUGAGCAUGGUAGACUGAAUCAAUUCAGUUUUUCUAAUGACAUGAUGAAUAAUAUCAUGGCCAAAGUGGAUGCUCCAAAAGCACAAGAUUUACAAAAGGGCAAGGAAUUUGCAGCUGAGCGAGAAGCCAAAUCAAUGAAAUUUGCCUUAGGGGCCGCCCAUGCUGUCAAAGAUAUGAAUCCAGGUCAGGAUGUCGAUAAAGACUUAGCGUUAAAAGCCCAAAAGAGGGACUCUUAUCUAAAUCAGUUAACUUCUCAACAAGUGUUGACUUUGGCGAGAGCCAACGUCGACAGGCAGUUAGAUAUCAUUGAAAAAAGCGACAUGCAUAGAAAACUGUUCACCAAUAUGGAGUACAACAAGGCUGCUGUCGCCGCAGCGCAAUCUAAUCAACAGAAGAAAACUGAGUUCCAUAACAAGAUUAACAUGGGCGGAGGUCUAUUCUUGUCGCCAGAGGAUAUCACAAAAAUUGCCUCUGGAUUGAUUUCUCCUGUGCUUGGUGAGGUCAGUGAGAGGGCAGAGGCUCAACGUGCUAUGGAUGAAGAAAUUGCAGAAAGGACGGAAUCCUACAACAAGUCCAUGGAUGAGUGGGAGUCAAUGGAACGUUCCAUCAACUCCAAUGACACUAAAGUAUUGACUACUACGGCAAAUAAACAUCAAACUGAAAAGAAGGCCACCGAGGAAAAGAUCAAAGCCAGCUACGACUCUCUUGUAACCAGGAUGGAUGCGAAAGUCACGGAAAGAGAAACUCUACUCGAAGAUACGAAGAAUAAAGAAAUCGACUUUAAAAAGCAAAUGCAACAAGAAUUGAAAGAUGAAAAAGCUCGAUUGGACCAAGAUUUGGAAGAUUGGGGUAAAAACUGUGAACAAGAUAUCAGCGAUGCACGUAAAGAGCAGGAGGAAGUAUUGAAACCUUACCACGAAGAUUUGGCAAACGUAGAAGCGGAGCACCAAACUCUGCUAAGAGAACGUGAUGCUAUUAACGCAGAGAUUUCCAGAUUGCAAGAGGCUAUUGUCGAUCAUAAAAGAAAAAUUUCCAACUAUGGGAAUGAUCUUGACGCUCAAAAGAAUAGAAAUGUAAGAGAAGACGAUAAAUUGGUGGAAUUAGGCCAAACCAAAGGAUCAUUGGAAUCUCAUUUGAACGAUGACGUUAUCAUUCUUGCCAACAAGGCAAAGGAACAGGCUGAAUUAUCAACAAAGGAGGCUCGUUUAAAACAGUUGGAAGUAGAUUCGUUGAUUAAUGAACGUAAAAGCGAGUUGAACACAACUGAAAUUGAGUUAAAGAAGGAGAAGUUGAACCUAUUGGAAGCUAUGAAAGACGUUGCUUCUGCACGUGGUGAUGAUAAAAUUGACGAAGAUAAGGUUAAAAGUUUGAUCGGUAUGACUUCUGAAGAGUACUUGGCAAAAAACAAACUUGUAAAGAAAAACGUUGAAGUCCUUCCAACCCAACUUGAAGAAAAAGAAGAAGAAGUUGACGGUAUAAAUAAGGAGAAGGCUGCUGAUACCAAAAGCAAAGAUUUAACUAAUGGCGACAGCUCAGUAGAACGUAUCGCUAAACCAUCCACAGGUGCUGAGUCUGUUGUUGAAACGAAGAAACCAGAAGGGGAGUCUUCACUUGAAACGCCAAACAAAAAAGAAAAUACCGGUGAUGAUGAAAUUGCCAAAGAUUCGAAGAACUCCUCCAUUUCACAGAAAGUAAAAGACAAAAAACCUUUGGAAAUCAGCCCUGACAGUCUAGAACAUACGUUCAGCGGGUUUUCUCAAGGUUCAUCGAUUGAAGAUGACGGUCAGAAUGUAAUUGGUAAGAAAAAGUAG